AUGAAGUGGGGAUGUGUGUGGUUAUGUUUCCUUGGUUUAUCGGUUACCAGCAUUAUAGAUGUCCAAGCCAAACAGGUUCGUAACCAUGUCAGCAGCAUCUGCAGCACAUGGGGCAGAGAGCACUUCAAGACGUUUGAUGGUGACAUUUACCAGUUUCCUGGUAUGUGUGAAUACAACCUGGCCUCCGAUUGCCAUGGGACUUACCAGGAGUUCUCGGUGCACAUGAAGAGAAAAGAGAAAAAUGGAAACCUUACAGUCAGUUAUGUGGUGGUCACCAUCAAUGACCUUUCAUUCCACCUCACCAAGAGUCUGGUCAUGAUGAAUGACGGUCUUGUCAAAUUGCCAUACUACAAUGGUGGAGUACAAGUGGAAAAAAAUGCUGUUUACAUCAAGCUCCAGUCUAAAGUUGGCAUUACUGUCAUGUGGAACGGUGAUGAUGCAGUCAUGGUAGAGCUGGAUCAUGAUUAUGCUAAUCGUACUUGUGGACUUUGUGGAGACUUCAAUGGUGUUUCUGUUGACAAUGAGUUCAUUCGUAAUGGCCGCAAAAUUAGCCCUAUUGAGUUUGGCAACAAACAGAAAGUCCAUCGGCCAAACGAUGUCUGUGAGGACCCCUAUGAAGAGGAAGAUGAGGAAGUGACUGUGCCGGAUUCUUGCGUGGAGUUUCAAACCACCUGUAACGAGAUGCUGCAUUCAGAGUCCUGGAGCUCCUGCACCAAACUGAUUGACCCUGCACCUUACAUCCAGGCCUGUGUGCAGGACAUGUGUGGCUGCAUCAACAGUACAAAUAACUUCUGUGUCUGCAGCACACUGUCUGAGUUCUCUCGACAGUGUUCCCAUGCUGGAGGAGAGCCUCCCAACUGGAGGACACCUCAGUUCUGUGCUAAACAGUGCCCAUUCAACAUGGUUCAUGAAGAGAGUGGUUCUCCUUGCAUGAACACUUGCACACACUCGGACACAAGUUCACUGUGUGAGGACCACAAAAUGGACGGCUGCUUCUGUCCUAAUGGAACUGUGUUUGAUGAUAUUUCCAUGAGAGGGUGCAUCGCUCAAUCUGAAUGUCAGUGCAAGCACGACAAAAUCUAUAACUCUGGUGAGGUCUACCAACGAGGCAGUGAGGAAUGUACAUGUUUUCAGGGUAAAUGGAGUUGUGAGAGCCUCCCAACACCUGCAACAUGUGCUGUUGAAGAGGGUUCACAUGUAACUACGUUUGAUGGGAAAACUUUCACCUUCCACGGAGAUUGUUAUUACACCUUGGCCAAGGAUGACAAUAGUCCAAAGUUCAACAUCCUGGUCCAGUUGAUGCCAUGUGUAAACCAAGAGUUUGACACUUGUCUGAAGUCCCUUAAAAUCCUGCUGAACAAUGACAGAAAUAAUGCAUUCAUUUUCACUUCUGAUGGGACAGUAAAGCAGAAUAUGCAGACCAUCAGUUUGCCGUACCAUUCAGGUGACAUCAACAUAUUCCACGCUUCAUCCUUUCACAUUUUGCUCCAGACCAGUUUUGGGUUGCAAAUUCAAAUCCAACAUGUGCCUGUCAUGCAAGUGUAUGUCAGCCUGGAACAGAGCUACAAAUCAAAGACACGUGGUUUAUGUGGUAACUACAACAUGAUCCUGUCUGAUGACAUGAAGACUCCUCAGGAGAUUGUGGAGGGAACAGCAAUCACUUUUAGUAACUCCUGGAAAGCUAACGCUGAGUGCGAAGACAGAGAAGAAAGACUUGAUGACCCCUGCUCCCUCAGUGUGGAAAAUGAGGAGUACGCUAAACAAUGGUGCACUUUGCUAAUAAGUGCAAAUGAUGCCUUCGCACAGUGUCAUUCGGUGGUGGAUCCUGAGAUGUACUACAAGAGGUGUACGUAUGCAACCUGUAACUGUGAGAAGAGUGAGGCCUGUCUGUGUGCCGUCUUCUCCUCCUACGCACGAGCUUGUGCAUCAAACGGAGUGUUCUUGACAAAUUGGAGAGACAAAGUGUGCGAUAAAUACACAAAAAGCUGCCCAGCAUCCCAGACCUUCUCUUACAAGCAUCAGAGAUGCCAGUUGACGUGUAGAUCACUGGGCUCAAAGCAGGAGAGCUGCACUUCUGACUUCUUGCCUGUGGAUGGCUGCUCCUGUGCCGAGGGUCUCUACCUAAAUGAAAAGGGCAUCUGUGUCCCCAUGGCAAAAUGUCAAUGCUACCACGAUGGCGUCUACAUCAAGCCAGGAAAGUCUAUAAACAUGAAGGAUGAGCAUUGUGUGUGCACUAAUGGAGUGCUUCACUGCCAUUCUUGGAAAGCCCGUUCAUCAAAGUGCCAAUCUCCGAAAGUAUUCUUCAACUGCUCCACUGCUGGCACAGGACAGUAUUGCCCUCGAACUUGUUCAAAUUUGGACAAUGAUGAUUGUGACUCCACAGAGUGUAAAUCAGGCUGUCGCUGUCCAUUUGGCCUUGUUGAUGAUGGCAAAGGUUCCUGUGUGAAAGAACAUGAAUGUCCAUGUCAGCAUGACGGGCAUUUCUAUAUGCGUGGAACACAAAUUUCUAACAAGUGCAACACUUGUACCUGCAAAAGUGGAAAAUGGGAGUGCACAAAGAAAAAAUGCCCAGGAACCUGCCUUAUUUAUGGAAGUGGUCAUUACACUACAUUUGAUCAGCGAACAUAUGGGUUUCAAGGACAGUGUUCCUAUGUUGCUGUCAAGAAUAAAUGUGGCAAUAAAACAGUACAGGACAACUUCGGAGUUAUCACAGAAAAUGUACCAUGUGGCACCACAGGCACCACAUGCUCCAAAACUGUCCGAAUCCAACUUGGGAGAAUGGAAGUGAAACUGUCAAAGGGUAAAUAUGAAGAGGAGGACCAGGGACAUGGCAGUGAGAUUCAGUACAAAAUAAGGAGAGUUGGUUUGUAUCUGGUCAUAGAAUCUGCCAUUGGUCUGACAGUGUUAUGGGAUAAGAAAACAACUGUCCGCAUCAUCUUGGAACCACGGCACAAUGGAGAGGUAUGUGGCCUGUGUGGAAAUUUUGAUGGUGAUGCACAGAAUGACUUCACCACCCAGGGUCAGCUGAAAGUGAGCAAUCUGUUAGAAUUUGCAAACAGCUGGAAAGUGUCCAGCAGUUGUCCAGAUGCGGAAACUAAUGUGGAUCCUUGUGGAGUAAAACCCAACCGACAUCACUGGGCAAAAAUGAUGUGCAACAUUAUAAAUGGUGAUACUUUCAAAGACUGCCACAAUAAGGUACAGCCACGUCCAUUUUAUGAAAACUGUGUGAAAGACUCAUGUGCCUGUGACACUGGAGGAGACUGUGAAUGUUUCUGCUCAUCAGUUGCAGCUUAUGCACAAGCUUGUAAUGAGGCUGGUGUCUGUGUUGCAUGGAGAACUCCAGAAAUCUGUCCUGUCUUUUGUGACUACUACAAUGAACUGGGUGAAUGCAAGUGGCACUACCAUCCUUGCCAUACACCUUGUUACAAGACCUGUUUGAAUCCACAAGAAAUUUGCAGCAACUCUAUACCCAACAUAGAAGGCUGCUACCCUAUGUGUCCAGAGGAUAAGCCAAUAUUUGAUGAGGAGAAGCAGAUAUGUGUGGAGGAGUGUGAUGGUUGCUUUUACAACGGGAAAAGAUAUGAGGAAAAUGAAGUCAUUUACAAUGUCACUGAUAACUUGGGAAUGUGCUACUAUGCCAUCUGCACUAAUAAAACAACAACUGAAGGGCCAACCACAACCACAAAAUCUACAAGCCCAUCCACCACACCAGCUACUACAACUGAAGGGCCAACCACAACCACAAAAUCUACAACCCCAUCCACUGGACCUCCUACUACAACUGAAGAGCCAACCACACCCACAAAAUCUACAACCCAAUCCACUGGACCUCCUACUACAACUGAAGGGCCAACCACAACCACAAAAUCUACAAGCCCGUCCACCACACCAGCUACUACAACUGAAGGGCCAACCACAACCACAAAAUCUACAACCCCAUCCACUGGACCUCCUACUACAACUGAAGAGCCAACCACACCCACAAAAUCUACAACCCAAUCCACUGGACCUCCUACUACAACUGAAGGGCCAACCACAACCACAAAAUCUACAACCCAAUCCACUGGACCUCCUACUACAACUGAAGGGCCAACCACAACCACAAAAUCUACAAGCCCGUCCACCACACCAGCUACUACAACUGAAGGGCCAACCACAACCACAAAAUCUACAACCCCAUCCACUGGACCUCCUACUACAACUGAAGAGCCAACCACACCCACAAAAUCUACAACCCAAUCCACUGGACCUCCUACUACAACUGAAGGGCCAACCACAACCACAAAAUCUACAAGCCCGUCCACCACACCAGCUACUACAACUAAAGGGCCAACCACAACCACAAAAUCUACAACCCAAUCCACUGGACCUCCUACUACAACUGAAGGGCCAACCACAACCACAAAAUCUACAACCCAAUCCACUGGACCUCCUACUACAACUGAAGGGCCAACCACAACCACAAAAUCUACAACCCAAUCCACUGGACCUCCUACUACAACUGAAGGGCCAACCACAACCACAAUAUCUACAACCCCGUCCACCACACCAGCUACUACAACUAAAGGUGGAACUCAACAAGUUGCUUCAUGUGAUCUGGAAUAUGGCUUAAUAUGCAAAAAAGAGGACCAGACAAUUCGUCCAUUUAAGUGUUUCAAUUAUAAGAUCAGAGUUUGUUGUGAGGUAGAGAUAUGUCAUACCACAACGCCAUCAACAUCAACAUCAACAACCAUAUCUCCUACUACAACUGAAAGCCCAACCACAACUACAACAUCUACAACACCAACCACCACUACUCCUACUUCAAAUGAAAGCCCAACCACAACCAUAACAUCUACAAAACCAACCACCACUACUCCUACUACAACUGAAAGCCCAACCACAACUACAACAUCUACAACACCAACCACCACUACUCAUACUACAACUGAAAGCCCAACCACAACUACAAUAUCUACAACACCAACCACUACUACUCCUACUACAACUGAAAGCCCAACCACAACCACAACAUCUACAACACCAACCACCACUGCUCCUACAACAACUGAGAGGCCAACCACAACCAUAACUUCAACUACUAUCACCACAAAGGGGUCAACAACGGAAUUUACUGAAAGCUCAACCACAACUGAAACAAUCAUCACUAAUUCCCAAUAUACAUCAACCAUAAGAACCGUACCUGUAAUCAUUCCAAACACAACAUCAACCACAAUUUCUCCUACUACAACCGAAAGCCCAACCACAACCACAAAAUUUACAACCCCGUCCACCACACCAGCUACUACAACUGAAGGGCCAACCACAACCACAAAAUCUACAACCCAAUCCACUGGACCUACUACUACAACUGAAGGGCCAACCACAACCUCAAAAUCUACAACCCAAUCCACUGGACCUCCUACUACAACUGAAGGGCCAACCACAACCACAAAAUCUACAACCCCGUCCACCACACCAGCUACUACAACUGAAAGCCCAACCACAACCACAAAAUCUACAACUGAAGGGCCAACCACAACCACAAAAUCUACAACCCCAUCCACUGGACCUCCUACUACAACUGAAGGGCCAACCACAACCACAAAAUCUACAACCCAAUCCACUGGACCUCCUACUACAACUGAAGGGCCAACCACAACCACAAAAUCUACAACCCCAUCCACCACACCAGCUACUACAACUGAAGGGCCAACUACAACCCCAAAAUCUACAACCCAAUCCACUGGACCUCCUACUACAACUGAAGGGCCGACCACAACCACAAAAUCUACAACCCAAUCCACUGGACCUCCUACUACAACUGAAGGGCCAACCACAACCACAAAAUCUACAAGCCCGUCCACCACACCAGCUACUACAACUGAAGGGCCAACCACAACCACAACAUCUACAACACCAACCACCACACCAGCUACUACAACUGAAGGGCCAUCCACCACACUAACUACUACAACUGAAGAACCAACCACAACCACAAAAUCUACAACCCCGUCCACCACACCAGCUACUACAACUGAAGGGCCAACCACAACCACAAAAUCUACAACCCAAUCCACUGGACCUCCUACUACAACUGAAGGGCCAACCACAACCACAACAUCUACAACACCAACCACCACACCAGCUACUACAACUGAAGGGCCAACUACAACCCCAAAAUCUACAACCCAAUCCACUGGACCUCCUACUACAACUGAAGGGCCAACCACAACCACAACAUCUACAACACCAACCACCACACCAGCUACUACAACUGAAGGGCCAACUACAACCCCAAAAUCUACAACCCAAUCCACUGGACCUCCUACUACAACUGAAGAGCCAACCACAACCACAAAAUCUACAACCCCAUCCACCACACCAGCUACUACAACUGAAGGGCCAACUACAACCCCAAAAUCUACAACCCAAUCCACUGGACCUCCUACUACAACUGAAGGGCCAACCACAACCACAAAAUCUACAAGCCCGUCCACCACACCAGCUACUACAACUGAAGGGCCAACCACAACCACAAAAUCUACAACCCAAUCCACUGGACCUACUACUACUACGACUGAAGGGUCAACCACAACCACAAAAUCUACAACCCAAUCCACUGGACCUCCUACUACAACUGAAGGGCCAACCACAACCACAAAAUCUACACGCCCGUCCACCACACCAGCUACUACAACUGAAGGGCCAACCACAACCACAAAAUCUACAACCCAAUCCACUGGACCUCCUACUACAACUGAAGGGCCAACCACAACCACAACAUCUACAACACCAACCACCAUACCAGCUACUACAACUGAAGGGCCAUCCACCACACUAACUACUACAACUGAAGAGCCAACCACAACCACAAAAUCUACAACCCCGUCCACCACACCAGCUACUACAACUGAAGGGCCAACCACAACCACAAAAUCUACAACCCAAUCCACUGGACCUCCUACUAUAACUGAAGAGCCAACCACAACCACAAAAUCUACAACCCCAUCCACCACACCAGCUACUACAACUGAAGGGCCAACCACAACCCCAAAAUCUACAACCCAAUCCACUGGACCUCCUACUACAACUAAAGGGCCAACCACAACCACAAAAUCUACCACCCCAUCCACUGGACCUCCUACUACAACUGAAGGGCAAACCACAACCACAAAAUCUACAACCCAAUCCACUGGACCUACUACUACAACUGAAGGGCCAACCACAACCACAAAAUCUACAACCCCAUCCACCACACCAGCUACUACAACUGAAGGGCCAACUACAAUCCCAAAAUCUACAACCCAAUCCACAGGACCUCCUACUACAACUGAAGGGCCAACCACAACCACCAAAUCUACAAGCCCGUCCACCACACCAGCUACUACAACUGAAGGGACUACAACUACACCUACACCUACACCUACACCUACACCUAAUAAACCUACCUGCCCUGAAUGCCCUGUAUUUUUCACUUUACACCAGCAAAACGAGACCUUCUUAUUGUGCAACUGCACCAUGGCAAGAUGCAUUGAGAACAAUACGGUUGAAAUUGUUCCUUAUGAAUGCCCACCCCUUGAGGAGAUUACUUGUAGCCAUGGAAAGAAACCUGUUCUUCUGUAUGAUGAGUAUCACUGCUGUCAAUAUUACGCAUGUGACUGCGAAUGUGAAGGCUGGGGAGAUCCUCAUUAUAUCACAUUUGAUGGAUUGUACUACAGUUAUCAAGGAAACUGUACAUAUGUCUUGAUGGAAGAGAUGUUUCCAAAAUAUCAUUUGAAGAUAUAUAUUGAUAAUGUCUUCUGUGACCCCACUCAAGAUGUGUCUUGUCCACGAUCUAUAAUCAUACAAUAUAAAGGACAAACUUUCACACUGAAGAAUCAUAACCUUAUGGGACCAGUGCAAUUGGAGGUAAAACAAUAUAUGUGAACUCUGAAACUACCUCAUUUGCAACAAGGUGUGAAAAUUUUGAAUUCUGGUAUUACCUUGGUUUUGGAGAUCCCUCUCCUAAAAGCGGUCAUUACAUUUGGAAUAACUGGCUUCAGUGUGACCCUCCCCUAUCAAUACUUUGGCAACAACACACAGGGCCAUUGUGGAACAUGCAACAACAACCAGGCUGAUGACUGCAGGUUACCUGGAGGCCAACUGGUGCAAAAUUGUGCUGUGAUGGCUGACUAUUGGCCUGCACCAUACUUUUACCAACCCAACUGUAAGAUACCAACUGAUAUCCCCCAUGUACCCAUACCCGUACCCCCAGAACGUGAAACUCCAUGCAGGAACGACUCUAUUUGUGAUGAUCUUAAGAUCGGUGUCUUUGCAAAGUGUCAUGGCUUUGUUGAUCCUGACAAAUACUACCGAGGUUGUGUUUAUGAUAGUUGCCAUUCUUCCAACCCAGCAAUGGAAUGCAUGAGUUUGCAGACUUAUGCUGCUGCUUGUGCACAGGCUGGAGUUUGCCUUCAUUGGAGGAACCACACCACACAUUGUGCCAUUGACUGCCCAUCAGACAAAGUUUACAAGCCAUGUGGUCUUGUAGAACAGCCAACUUGUGCAGACAAUCUUGCUGACCAACCCAUGAACUUCACAACUGAGGGCUGCUUUUGUCCUGAUGGAAUGAAGCUCUUCAACAAGGAGUCUGGCAUAUGUGUUGAUAAGUGUGGAUGUCUUGAUCCUGAGAACAUUCCUCGUGAGAUUAAUGAAAGAUUUGAGUACAAAUGCCAAAACUGCAAAUGUGAGGAGUCCACCAAGACCGUGACUUGCACGCCUAAGGUGUGCCCAGCACCACCUAUAACAAGCUGCACUGGUCCAGGAUUCGUCCUUGUCAACCAAACUAAUCCAUCAGAUCCCUGCUGUACUACUUAUGUCUGCCAAUGUCACAGCAAUACUUGCCCAAUGAACAUCCACAAAUGUCCAGUUGGAUAUCAGCCGACUGGUUAUGAAUAUGUGGAAACAGAUUCAGAAUGCUGUGGGAGAUGUGUACAGACACACUGUAUCUUUAAUGUUAAUGGUACCAAACAGGUCUUGAAGCUUGGAGAAACCUGGUCACCACCUGAGAAGUGUGAGCAUUACACCUGUGUUAAGAGUGGUGAGACUUUUACAGCCAUAAGUUCACGCAUUGUCUGCCCGCUAUUCAACGAGAGCAACUGCCAACCUGAGACCCGCUACAGCAAUCGCACUGUUGACUUGCAUUGUCUCGAUGGAGAAGUGGUUCCUUACACAUACAUUCAUGUGGAGGAGUGUGGCUGUAGCCACACAGACUGCAAAAGUGCUGCAGGACAUCCAGGUCGCAAAAGGCGAAGCUUCAAACUAGUGUAA